GAGGCGGCUGCCGGGACGCCUAGUCGGAGCCCGCAACGUUCACCGCCCGUGCUCGUCCCUCGUGCAGGCCGGGCCGGGCGGAGGCUCCAUGUUGGGAAGCGGCGCCGAUCGCCCUCUUUAGCGGGAACCGGGGCGCCGCGGGCUGAGCCGGCGGGGGCCGGGCCGGAGCGAAGAUGGAGGCCCCGCUGCGGCCUGGCGCCGACAUCCUGAGGCGGAAUCCGCAGCAGGACUACGAGCUCGUCCAGAGGGUCGGCAGCGGCACGUACGGGGACGUCUACAAGGCCAGAAAUGUACACACAGGAGAAUUAGCUGCAGUAAAAAUUAUCAAGUUGGAGCCUGGAGAUGAUUUUACUCUAAUUCAACAAGAAAUAUUUAUGGUUAAAGAAUGUAAGCACUGCAACAUUGUUGCCUAUUUUGGGAGCUAUCUAAGUCGAGAAAAAUUAUGGAUUUGUAUGGAAUACUGUGGUGGAGGAUCACUUCAAGAUAUUUACCAUGUUACUGGACCAUUGUCAGAAUUGCAGAUAGCCUAUGUAUGCAGAGAAACUUUACAGGGACUUGCUUAUUUGCAUACUAAAGGCAAAAUGCAUAGAGAUAUCAAAGGUGCAAAUAUUUUAUUGACAGACCAUGGUGAUGUAAAAUUAGCUGAUUUUGGUGUAGCUGCAAAAAUAACCGCUACUAUUGCAAAGAGAAAAUCUUUCAUUGGUACUCCUUAUUGGAUGGCCCCAGAAGUGGCAGCAGUGGAGAAGAAUGGCGGCUACAACCAGCUCUGUGAUAUCUGGGCAGUAGGAAUAACAGCCAUUGAACUUGGAGAGCUUCAGCCACCUAUGUUUGAUCUUCAUCCAAUGAGGGCUCUCUUCUUAAUGUCAAAAAGUAAUUUUCAGCCUCCAAAAUUAAAAGACAAAACAAAAUGGUCAUCAACAUUCCAUAAUUUUGUCAAAAUAGCACUAACUAAAAACCCAAGAAAAAGACCAACUGCUGAAAGACUUCUGACUCAUACUUUCGUUGGACAGCCUGGCCUCUCUAGGGCCCUCGCAGUUGAACUGUUGGACAAAGUAAACAAUCCAGACAACCACAUACAUUACGCUGAAGGAGAUGACGACGAUUUUGAGCCCCAUGCCAUCAUUCGCCAUACCAUCAGAUCUACAAACAGGAAUGCCAGAGCUGAGCGGACGGCUUCAGAAAUAAAUUUUGACAAAUUACAGUUUGAACCUCCUCUGAGAAAAGAAACAGAAGCCCGGGAUGAAAUGGGAAUGUCAUCAGACCCAAACUUUUUAUUACGGUGGAAUCCUUUUGUUGAUGGUGCAAAUACUAGCAAAUCAACCUCAAAACGUGCAAUACCACCUCCCCUACCUCCUAAGCCAAGGAUAAAUAGUUAUUCUGAAGACAGCUUCCCAGAUGAAGAAAAAUCAUCAACAGUGAAACGUUGCCCUGAUUCAGAUAACAGAGCUCCCCAACUUCUGAGAAGACAGAGUAGCCCAAGUUGUGGUCUUGUAGCUGAGACUUCCUCUAUGGGUAUGGCUAGCAGUGUCACCAGCCGUGGAGUGCAUACGGCUAGAUACUGUGAUCUGGGAAAUGGUGAUGGUAUCUCAAAACUAAUUAAUGAAAAUACAGAAGGAUCAGCACAGGCACCACAGUUGCCACGGAAAAAGGACAAGAGAGACUUCCCUAAACCAGCCAUCAAUGGUCUUCCACCCACCCCAAAAGUCCUGAUGGGAGCAUGUUUUUCAAAAGUUUUCGAUGGCUGCCCCUUGAAGAUCAAUUGUGCAACUUCUUGGAUACAUCCUGAUACAAAAGAUCAGUACAUUAUUUUUGGAACUGAAGAUGGUAUUUACACAUUGAACCUCAAUGAACUACAUGAGGCAACUAUGGAACAGUUGUUUCCACGGAAGUGUACUUGGCUAUAUGUUAUCAAUAAUACUUUAAUGUCAUUAUCAGAAGGAAAAACUUUUCAACUCUACUCUCAUAAUCUUAUUGCUUUGUUUGAACAAGCCAAAAAACCAGGAUUAGCUGCCCAUAUUCAAACUCAUAGGUUUCCAGACCGCAUACUGCCAAGAAAGUUUGCUUUGACAACAAAGAUUCCUGAUACAAAAGGGUGCCACAAAUGUUGCAUAGUCAGAAACCCUUACACGGGACAUAAAUACCUCUGUGGAGCUUUACAGUCUGGAAUUGUUUUACUUCAGUGGUAUGAGCCAAUGCAGAAAUUCAUGUUGAUAAAGCACUUUGAUUUUCCUUUACCAACACCUUUGAACGUUUUUGAAAUGCUGGUGAUACCAGAACAAGAAUACCCUAUGGUGUGUGUAGCUAUUAGUAAAGGCAAUGAAUCAAAUCAAGUAGUUCAGUUUGAGACAAUCAAUUUGAAUUCUGCAUCUUCAUGGUUUACAGAAAUUGGUGCAGGCAGCCAACAGUUAGACUCCAUUCAUGUGACACAAUUGGAGAGAGAUACUGUUUUAGUGUGUUUAGACAAAUUUGUAAAAAUUGUAAAUCUACAAGGAAAACUAAAAUCAAGUAAGAAACUGGCCUCUGAGCUAAGUUUUGAUUUUCGCAUUGAAUCUGUAGUCUGCCUUCAAGACAGUGUGCUUGCUUUCUGGAAACACGGAAUGCAGGGUAAAAGCUUCAAGUCAGAUGAGGUCACCCAGGAGAUUUCAGAUGAAACAAGAGUUUUUCGCUUAUUAGGAUCAGACAGGGUUGUAGUUUUGGAAAGCAGACCAACAGAAAAUCCGACCGCACACAGCAAUCUCUACAUAUUGGCUGGACAUGAAAAUAGUUACUGAGCAACAGAAACUGAUCUCAACUGACAGGAAGAUGAAUUUAUAAAUUUAAUGGAAGCAAAAAUACUUUAAG